AUGGACAGUGGCUAUGUGCCGGGAGAGGAGAUCUCCGGCGACAUUCCCGUCACGCGCGUGGCCGUUGCUUGCGCCGUGAUUCUACUUGAGUCGGUCGUGGCGAUUUACCUUGAGCUUGGCAACGCCGAUCAGCUGCUGAUUUCGGGCGUCAGAUGCUAUGUCCAGCUGACGAUCCUUGGUUUCAUCCUCGCGCCGAUUUUCGCCGCUCAGAAUGCCGUGCUGGUCCUGGCCUACGUCUUCCUGUUCAUGGUGGUCGUCUCGGCCAACGAGGCAGCAGCAAGACCCAAGGUCACCUAUCCAGGCAUCUUCUGGAAGGCAGCCAUCAGCCUUGGUUCCGGCCUGCUCUUCAAUGGGUUCGUGCUUCUCUGCAUCGUGGAACCGGAUCCGUGGUACGAUGCACAGUACGUCAUCCCGUUGGCGGGCAUGCUGAUCAACAACUCGCUAACGGGCACAGCGCUGGCCCUGAACGCGAUGAUUGACUACCUCUACACCAACAAAGAGCAGGUGGAGGUGCUGCUGGCUUUUGGAGCUACGCCAUGGGAGGCGGCAUGGCCCGGCUUAGUCAAGAGCGUGCAGGCAGCGCUAAUCCCGGUAAUCAACGGCAUGAACGUGGUUGGCCUGGUUUCCAUUCCCGGCAUGAUGACCGGGCAGAUCUUGGGCGGGGCCUCGCCUAUGAAAGCCGCCAAAUACCAGAUUGUCAUCCUCUUCAUGAUCUCUGGCUGCACAUUUUGGGCUGUUUGCAUGAUCUGCGCCUACACCAUCCAGGCCUUCUUCGACGAGAACGGGCGCCACGACGACAGCGCAGUGGCACCGCAAUCGCGCCUGAACAUCUCCAAAUUGCUGUCUUCUCUGCCAGCCAAAUUGCCGUGUUUCGGAUCCAGGUCCGACGCCAAGAAGGGGGGAAGCGCAUCCCCAACUUCAGCAGAGCAGCCUCUUCUUGCAGAGGCCAGCGAGCCCCUGGACUUGAUCUGCUCCUGGCGGAAGCAGCAGUCUGCAGAGGGAGGAGCCAAAGUGCUUGAUGUCCUCAUGGAAGGGAACGUGGGCAAGCUUCGGCCCCUCAAGGUGCAGUUUCCAGCCUUGGCUGGCGAGGUCUUGUGCAUCAUGGGCCCCAGCGGAGUGGGCAAAAGUACACUGCUGAAGUGGAUCGCCGAUCUCUCGCGGUACGGUAGCGCCAAGAUGGCGGUCGGCACGCGAGACAAAGACACGAUGGCGCCCCAGGAGUGGCGAAGAGAGGUCCUGUACGUCCAUCAGGUCAAAGCACCUUUGCCGGGGACCCCUCGCAAACUCAUCCAGGCCUUGGAGAAGCUCAAAGUUCGGAGUGGACUGCCGGCCUUGGCUGCCGAGCCCCUCGUCUCUCAGAUUGGUUUGGAAGAGAGCAUGCUAGACAGGUCCUGGUCCGAGCUCUCCGGAGGUGAGGGUCAGAGGAUGAUGUUUGCCAUCGCUCUGUCAACGAAUCCCAAGUGUUUGGUCCUGGACGAGCCGACGAGCGCCCUCGAUGAGGCCUCCAAGAUUCUGGUUGAGGAGGUGCUGAAGAAGCGAGGCAGCGAUUCCUGCGUCAUCAUGGCCACGCACGACGGGAAGCAAGCCGAGCGUGUUGGCACCUCUCUGUGGACCUUCACCCAAACCGCGUGA